AUGCGUCGACCAAUUUUCGACCCAAAAGAAAAUACUCGUUAUGGAAUAUGGAAUGUACGGACUCUGUACCAAACAGGUAAAUUGGCCCAGCUUCUAUAUGAAUUUGACUCGUACCGUAUGGACAUCUUGGGCAUCUCAGAAAUGCGAUGGGCAGGAAGCGGGAAGAUGAUUAGUGAUGGAAAGAUGGUGCUCUACUCUGGCCAUGCCCAAGACCAUGCACGCGGCGUGGGCUUUAUCCUCUCGCGAUGUGCAACAACAUCAUUGCUGGCCUGGAAGCCCAUUUCAGACCACCUAAUCUUGGCUCGCUUCCAAGCUAGGCAUGUGAAAGUCACAAUUCUUCAAGUAUACGCUCCAACAGAAGAGGCUGACGAUACUGACAAAGAUGGUUUCUAUGCGAUGCUCCAGGAUGCCAUUGACAACUCCCCGCGUCAUGAUUUGCUGAUCGUGGGCGGAGAUUUCAACGCGCAAAUAAGCAGUAACCGGGACGGCCUGGAAUCGACUAUCGGCCCGUUUGGAAUCGCAGCAAUGACAAAUGAAAAUGGUGGGUGGCUGAUCUCGUUCUGUGCGGCAAACCGGCUGACCAUCAAGAACACCUUCUUCGGCCACAAGCGGAUACACAAGGCGACGUAAGGCGGAUAUACAAACGAGAUCGACUACAUCUGCAUAUCAUCCCGCUGGGCAUCCACCAUUAGCGAUGUUAGAGUGUGGCGUGGAGCCGACAUUGACUCUGAUCACUACCUGCUAAUUGCCAAAUGUAAACUUCACCUGAAGCGCCUCCAACCACGACUGCAGCGGACAAGUCCUUUUAACGUUCAACGCUUAAAAGAUGCAAAUACGGCAGCGGAAUUUCAACUCGAAUUGAGAAACCGCUUCCAGGUCCUUGCUGCGGAAGGAAAUAACAACGAAAAUCCAGAUGCACUCUGGGAUGAGCUAAAAGAGGCUGUGGUCGGUGCAGCAGAAUCAAAGAUUGGUCGCCGACGGGGCGGCUUUAAGGAGCACUGGAUCUCCGACCGUUCAUUGGAACUUAUAGAUCAACGUCGCUUGGCAAAGUCAGUUCGGGACCAGGUGGCCUCUGACCCACAUGCUUCUGCAGACCAGCGUGAGAGGGCCAUGGCCACCUACCAAGACCUUGCCCGACAGGUCAAACGCAGCUGCCGGCGUGACAAGCGUGAAUGGAUCGAAGCUAAAGGCAUUAUAGCCCAAGAAGCAGCCGAUUGGAACAAUACCUGA